UUCAACGUGCUCAAAGACAAACAGCGCGGAUUGUCUAAAAUUAUGUUGUUUUUCUGCCCGUCGUGCGGAAAUAUAUUGAUUAUCGAGGAGGAUACAACCUGCCACCGCUUCACGUGCAACACCUGCCCAUACAUAUCUAGAAUCAAGCGAAAGAUCUCCGAAAAGAGCUUUCCUCGUCUUAAGGAGGUAGACCACGUUCUGGGAGGCAAGGCGGCUUGGGAGAACGUUGACUCGACGGAAGCAGAGUGUCCAACUUGCAGCCACAAGCGGGCGUACUUUAUGCAAAUACAAACUCGGUCAGCAGAUGAGCCUAUGACCACGUUCUACAAGUGCUGCAACCACGAGUGCAAUCACACCUGGCGGGACUAA